AUGUCGAGCAUACAACGCUCCCACGCCCUCGACAAUCUCCGCAUCUCCCUCACGGCACUAGUCAUUGUACACCAUGCAGCCAUCCCCUACGGCGGCGCAGGAUCAUGGCUUUACACCUCCCCUCACCACACACCGGGAUCUUCUAUCCCAGUACUAGCAUUUAAUGUUAUCAACCAAACCUUCUUCAUGGCCACUUUCUUUCUCCUAUCGGCAUAUUUCUCCAGUAUAGCAGCUCAAAGGCGCACAAGGAGAGCUUUCUUGUGGGAAAAAUGGAAGCGACUCGGCGUGCCUACGGCUGUGUAUAGUGUGAUUUCGAAAGGUGUUGUUCGAGGCAUCAUUACAUGGAGACUGCAUGACGCGGGGUGGGCUGUUGUUUGGAAAGAGGUUUUGGAGGGUGUCAAGGGUGUAAGGGGAGUAUCAGGUCCAGUGUGGUAUUGUGCUUUGCUGCUUAUUUUUGAUACGUUGUAUGCUGUCCUCUUCCCGUCGCAGUUCACGGAAGCGAUACCUACGCCACGAAACGCAAUGCCUUCUAGCAAAGCACCUCCUUUCCGCACGACCUACGUCCUCAUCGCUCUAUCCUCUAUAUCAGUUAUGUCUUUCCUGGUUCGGACCGAAUAUCCCGUGGGACUCGAUUUCAAACCUCUUUGUCUCCAAUUAGCCUUCGUCUCGCAAUACGCUCUCUACUACAUCGCCGGAAUCUGCAUUCACCGCUCAGACCGCACACUACAGGAAGCGAUCAUACCUCGCACUCUCCGACACUUAGCUGCGCUAGCCAUCGGAGUCACUACUUUUAGCCUCUUCCAAAUAAAGUCCUAUGUCACCUCCGGUGGGGUCUUUAUCGAUGUCGUAGAGCAAGCCACAGGCGGCGUAAACCUCUUCGCCCUCCUAUACGCAUUCUGGAACGAAGUCACUGGCCUACUACUCUCUUCCGUUCUCCUCAAAUUGUUCACUAGUCACAGAAUGCUGGGGAAGAAGUGGCAGCCCUUCGGCGUCGACCUCGGGAAGUACAGUUACGCUUCCUUCUUAGUGCAUACGCCUCUACUCGUGGACAUGCAGUGCUUCUUUGGCAAGGGCGAGUUUGAGAAGAGAGGAGCAGUUUUUACGGCGAUGACCGUGGGCAUGCUGGGGGUGGUGGAGAGUUGGGGAGUCGGCUGGCUAUUGAAGGAGGGUGUGGAUAGGCUUGUUGGAAGAGGUUACGUUUAA